AUGGGUGUUUCUCGCGCCAUGGAGACUCUGAACAGGCAGAUGCUUUUGAUGGCUCAGGCCAGACAGGCCGCCACUUUCGAUCCAGAGAGGCUGACGAUUGUCAUCCACGAUGACGAAGAGACAGUGCGAUCCCGCCGGGCCGCCUUCCAUCGCGUCGAGUCUGCGCUGGGUCUGUUGGACAACAUGAAGCUGCCCAAGGUCUACUCGGGCCUGAACCGCGAGGAGCUGUACCUGCAUGGACUGGAACGAGCAGCGGCCAUCACCAACGACAUGCUCGACUACGGCCACCGACACUUUGAGUUCCUCAACGAGCGCUACCAACUCUCCAACGCGACGCCGUUUGGACUGCAUUUCCUCAUGUUCCGCAAGACGAUCGAGCUGCAAGGCACGCCCGAGCAGCAGGCCUACUGGCUGCCCCUGAUCGACAAGAUGCAGAUCAACGGUGCCUAUGCCCAGACAGAGCUGGCACAUGGCUCGCAUGUGCGUGGCAUCGAGACAACCGCCACGUUUGACCCCGAGACAGACGAGUUUGUGAUCAACUCCCCGACCCUGACAUCCACCAAAUACUGGCCCGGGGCCAUCGGCCUCAGCUGCUCGCACGCCGUCGUCAUGGCUCGAUUGAUAACCCAGGGGAAGGACUAUGGCAUCCACCCCUUCGUCGUGCAGUUCCGCUCCCUCGAGGACUUCUCGCCAAUGCCAGGUGUCGAGCUCGGCGACAUUGGCAUCAAGAUGUCGUAUAACGGCACCUGCAAUGGCUAUGCCCGGUUCAACAACGUCCGCAUCCCCCGCGACGGGCUGCUGAUGGCCCACGCGCAGGUCUUGCGCGAUGGCACCUACGUCCGAAGUGCAUCUAAAGACGUCGCGUAUUCCAAGCUGGCGUACGCUACCAUGCUAUACAACCGCGCCGUUAUCACCCGGGCCGCGAGCUUCUCUCUCGCCCAGGCAUUGACCAUUGCCGCACGUUACUCGACCGUGCGCGAACAGGGACAGGGCAUGAAUGCCAGUUCGAACAACGAGGUCACCCUCGUCACAUACAAGUCGCAGCACUACCGCCUUCUCACGCUUAUCUCCCAAGCCUACGCCAUCCUGUUCGCCUCCAAGGACCUCGACCAGCACUGUCGGACGUUGAUCCAGCAGCAGAAGGAUGGCAACCACAGCCGGCUUCCCUUCACUCACGCUCUGUGUUGCGGCAUGAAGGCGUGGAGCACCACGCUGGCAUGUGCCGGUGUCGAGGAAGCGCGCCGCAUGUGCGGUGGGCACGGGUAUGUCGCGACGUCGGGCCUUCCGGAGAUUCUGGCUGCGGUGUCCGCAACUGUGACCUUUGAGGGCGAGAACUACGUCCUGUGGCAGCAACUGGUGCGGUAUCUGUUGCAGCGGGUGGACGCACUGUACGCCGGCAAGAAGAUCGAACCCGACCUCGACUACAUCGCUCGGGGGUUUCCCACGUAUUUUGUCUCUGGAAGCCCGUCCCGUUGCACGGCGAGCGGCACACAACUGUUGGAGCCAGAUACCUUGCUCGCCAUCUUCCGGCAUCGCUCACUCCGUCUUCUCGCCGCGGCGCACAACAGGUUCACGCAGGCUAUGCGUCGGGACCAGAUGUCCAUGGCGGACGCAUGGAACAAGCACAUGAUGGAGAUCCUCCACGCGGGUCGCGCCUACGUGGACUACGUGGCGCUGAGCUCGUUCCUUGACCGCAUUGCUCUGGUCGAGCCAUCGCUGAAGCCCGUCCUGACGCGGCUCGCAGCUCUCUUUGCGCUGACGACCAUCACCAACCCGAACGCUAGCGGCGGGCUAUCCUUUGUCGAGGACGGACACCUCUCGCUGGACCAGCUGGACACAAUGCGCGAGCACGUCGAUGAUCUCCUGGCGCAGCUCUGUCCGGAUAUCAUAGCGCUGACCGACUCGUGGGACUUUACGGACGCCAGCCUGUGCAGCGCGCUGGGGGCCAAGGACGGCAAUGUCUACGAGCGACUGAUGGCCUGGACACGGCAGCUACCAGUCAACCAGCAUGCGCAGGAGCAGGGUGGGAUGCUUGUUGAGCCGUGGGAGCAGGAGAUCAAGCCGAUGCUGCGGGCGCGGCUGUAG